CCGAUGAACUCGUUCAAGGUUAGAAAAGUAGUUGAUGGAUCGCGAUAAUAAAAAACUUGAUGUACAUUCCAUACAAUAUUCGCUACUUACCAAGCUUAGGAUUAGCUAAAGCCUAAGGUAAACUGUAGCCAAAAAGCAUAACAACAACACCACGCUACUGCCUGGAGUAAUAAUGAGAGUCUCAGUCUCACAACCUCCAUAACAAAUAUAACAAUGGGCCACAAAAUAACACCAUGUAAUCCAUUGUGUAUGUCAAAUAGGCUAAUCCCUCUGUCUGAUCCAUGAUGCGGUUGUGGUGAAAAUUCAUUUCAUAUGUCCAUCCAACUCCUCCAGCAGACAAUUCGAUAAAUUUCUCACCAAAAUGUUGAGCAAACAAAACAUUCAAUUUUUAACAGUAUUACUUUUCAUUCUAUUUUUCUUCUCAUUGUUCACGCUCUACCGCAACAUAACUUUCCCACCAGUGAUAACAGAAAGUAACAGUCAGCAGAUUGUAGACAAGUCAGAAUUGCGUAGCAAUAAUCAGUUGUUGUUACCAAAUGCAAAUUACGGUGGUGGUGGCGAUGAUAUUGACGGCGAGAAUAAUAACAAUGUGGAAGAUACCGCAAUAAGUAACCAAGUACCGGUCCGGUAUGGAAGUGACAUUUUGAGGUCAUCGCCGGCCGACGACGUUUCACAAGUUGUUGAUUGGGAAGAAAUCGAGGCUGAAAUUAAAGUCAGGAUUGAAAAUGUGAACGAAUUGUGUAAAUCGUAUCAUUUGGGGAAGUAUAAGUGGUCACAUAACAGCAGCAAUGAUUUGGGACUGAAAGAGCCACCAACACCCUUAUUUUCAUAUUACUUUUGGAACAAGGAACACCACUUGGGAUGGUGUCCCGUUUACAAGGCAGGGUCAACAUCUUGGCUAUGGAAUAUGAUGAUUUUAGCCGGAUUUUCAGAAAAACAGUUGGAAAAUCCUCCCAAACAAUUAAGCAGUUUGGCCCGAGAAACGUACGGAGAUGCGGAACCGGAUGUGAAGACUGUGGAAAACGCUGUAAAAUUGCUUAUUGUUCGCCACCCCUUUGACCGCUUGGUGUCUGCGUAUCGUGACAAGCUGUCGAACUCGAGCGUGGGCCAUGAACACGGGACUCACCACUUUUACCUAAAAUACGGUAAAAAAAUCGUCCAAAAAUUCCGCACGGAUCCCACCAUCUCACAAAUUGAACCGACAUGGCCAGAGUUCGUGCGAUACUUAUUAUCCACGGAUUUACUCCAGUACUCUGAUGACCACUGGCUCCCAGCCUACUAUUCCUGCACCCCUUGUCUCACCCAGUACGACAUAAUCGCAAAACUGGAAACGUACAAUCGCGACCAGGGCUACAUCAUCUACAGAUUAGGUCUGGACAAAGUACUAAAACCGAGAUGGGCCCACAAACUACAGACUGACCGCACCCAACUUGUAUCCUCGUAUUUUGGUCAGCUAACAAAAACUGAAAUUUCCGAACUCUACCAAAAAUAUUGGUUCGAUUUCACCCUCUUUGGCUACGACUACAAGGAAUUUUUAAUCUACGGCAAAGAAACGUGAAAGAUUAUUUAUUCAUGUCUUACAUAUUAAUUUCUUCUUCAUCAUUUCCAAUACGGACUAUACUUCUCGUUCAACUUGUGAAUGCAAAUUAUCAACAAAAUUAUAUAAAUGAACGAUCCAAGGCAGUGGAAACCGGCAAUCACGGAGAUCACGAAGCUGGGAGUCAUACGCAGCGUGGACUCGACGAUUGGCCCGAAUCCCGUAUUUUUAAACCGGUCCAUCGUCAACAUGACCACGACGACGGAAAACGCCAUGGAUUGGAGGAGGAGGAAGAAAAUUAUGAUGUAGGAGAGGAAACGCUGGCGUUUCUAAAAAAAGUACAAAAAUCUUCACAUUUUUACCAAAAAUUGCUAAGUAAAUAAAUCGCUUACCCAAACUAAUCCGCAAAAAAUGGCCACUCCAGUGAUAAACAGGCCAACAUCGUAAAUCCAGAGGAAUAUUAAAUCAUACAAAGUUGGAAUCUAAAUAUAUAGACAAAUUAAAUCGAAAAUUAGCAUAAAAUUUCCGAAUAAAUUAUUAAUACAUUUUAA